AGAAGCUCUGCGUCGUUGCUUCAAUGGCGAUUCUUUAGCCGCUCCUUCUCAUUUUCCAUGUCUCCGAUUUCUGGGUUCGUCUUAUUUCUUCUCAAACAUCCGGAGUGUUCUCGUGCUCUCCGACCUGCAGAACUGUUCGAGUUUCGAGGAGAGGCCGCGUGAGGUAAAAGGAAAAGGGUUCUGCUGUCCAGAUCUGAAAAAGGCAGCGAGCUGAGAAAAAGAAGACCCACAAACGGAAGUAGAAAGAAGGAAAAACAGCUUGUUUUCCCAGUGAGAUUGAUUCAUGGAGUCUCGAAGAAUUUUCUUGUGGAUUCUCUGUUUGGGUUUGGUUUUCUCGGGAGGAAAUGCAGACCCAGUCGAGGAUAAGCGCGCGCUGCUCGAGUUUCUGAGCAUUAUGAAUCCCACCCGUACACUCAACUGGAACGAGAGCUCCUCCGUCUGUAAUAUUUGGACAGGAAUCACUUGCAGUCAGGACGAAUCUCAAGUCAUAGCCGUUAGAUUGCCCGCAGUUGGUCUCAACGGUCGGAUUCCCUCGAACACGAUAAGCCGCCUCUCGGGCCUCAGAGUUCUCAGUCUCAGAUCCAACCGAAUCACCGGCCAGUUUCCGGCGGAUUUCGUCAAUUUGAAGAACUUGUCGUUCCUCUAUCUUCAGUACAACAACUUCACGGGUCCUUUGCCGGAGGAUUUUUCCGUUUGGACAAAUCUCAUGAUCGUUAAUCUCUCCAACAACGGCUUCAAUGGAACCAUCCCGGAUUCUCUUUCCGGUCUGAAACAUCUCCAGUCGCUGAAUCUUGCCAACAAUUCGCUUUCUGGGGAGAUUCCUGAUCUGGGUCUUUCUGGUUUGCAGCACAUUAACUUGUCCAACAACAACCUCGCUGGAUCGAUACCAAAGUCACUUCAGAGAUUCCCGGGUUCGUCUUUCGUGGGCAAUGCUGGAAUUUCAUCGGGCGACACCCGAGUUCCUCUGGUUCCAUCAUCGAGCUCUCAGCCUCGCGAGAAACCUAAAGCCCGUCUCCUAGGGCUAAACGAGACAGCAUUCUUGUUGAUCGUUGUCGCGGUUGGAGUUGUCACAGCUGCAGCGUUUGGGUUUAUGCUGAUCGUUUGUUGCUCGAAAAGGAAGUCCAGAAACGACGGGAUUUCGGAUAAGCUUCAGAAAGGGAACAUGUCGCCGGAAAAAGUGGUUUCCCGGAUGGAAGAUCAGAACAACCGGCUGAGUUUUUUCGAGGGAUGCAACUAUGCAUUUGAUCUGGAGGAUCUCUUGAGGGCAUCUGCAGAGAUUCUCGGUAAGGGAACGUUUGGCACAACGUAUAAGGCUGUUCUUGAGGAUGCAACUUCUGUCGUGGUGAAGCGGCUCAAGGACGUGGGAGCUGGGAAACGAGAUUUCGAGCAGCAGAUGGAGAUCAUCGGAGGUAUUAAGCACGAGAAUGUGAUGGAGCUGAAGGCAUAUUACUACUCCAAGGAUGAGAAGCUUAUGGUUUAUGACUAUAUCAGCCAGGGCAGUGUCUCUUCCAUGCUUCAUGGUAACAGAGGAGAUAACCGGGUUCCUCUUGACUGGGAAACCCGAAUGAGGAUAGCCAUAGGAGCAGCUAGAGGGAUAGCUCGGAUCCACGAAGAGACCAGCGGGAAAUUCGUCCAUGGGAACAUCAAGUCCUCAAACAUAUUCCUGAAUUCCCAGCUCGAUGGAUGUGUUUCGGAUCUUGGAUUGUCUGCUGUUAUGAGCCCCUUGACUCCACCGAUAUCCCGACAGGCUGGUUACCGUGCACCGGAAGUAACCGAUACGAGGAAAUCUUCGCAAGCUUCGGACGUUUACAGCUUCGGGGUUGUACUUCUCGAACUUCUGACCGGAAAAUCGCCCAUCCACACCACCGCCGGAGACGAGAUUAUCCACUUGGUUCGGUGGGUUCAUUCAGUGGUGAGAGAGGAAUGGACAGCGGAGGUUUUCGACAUCGAGCUCCUGAAGUAUCCCGACAUAGAGGAAGAGAUGGUGGAGAUGUUGCAGAUAGCCAUGUCGUGCGUGGUCAGGGUUCCUGACCAGCGGCCGAAGAUGUCCGAUCUGGUCAGACUCCUCGAGAACGUCCGACGAAAACCCGACAGAGGAUCCGAGAGCUCCACACCUACCGGAGCUAGAAUCUAAUGAACGAAAUCGAACUGUUGUGAUUAUUUGACGUUCGUAUACUCUGUUGUCGGCGAUUCUUCUGAAUCUGCUACUGAUAGAACUGUUUCUCUGUAACGAUUUCGUUGGGUUUAUGAUUCUGAUAAUCUUUUUGAAAA